CGGCCCGCCCCUGGGCCCGGGCUGGAAGCCGGAAGCGAGCUGAGUGGAGCCCACUCGAACUUCCCCGCGGAAGGGAAAGCCCCAGAACGAUCGCUCGCUGCGCCCCCAGCCGGGCCGAGCCCUCCGCGACGCCACCGGGGCCAUGGGGGCCGCACGCAGCCCGCCGCCCGCCGUCCCGGGGCCCCAGCUGGGGCUGCUGCUGCUGUUCCUGGGCGUGCUGGCCCCAGGUGGCGCCUCCCUGCGACUCCUGGACCACCCGGCGCUGGUCUGCUCCCAGCCGGGGCUAAACUGCACGGUCAAGAAUAGUACCUGCCUGGAUGACAGCUGGAUCCACCCUCAAAACCUGACCCCCUCCUCCCCGAAAGAGCUGCAGAUCGAGCUCCGCUUUGCCCGCACCCAGCAAGGAGACCUGUUCCCCGUGGCUCACAUUGAAUGGACGCUGCAGACAGACGCCAGCAUCCUGUACCUCGAGGGCGCAGAGUUAUCUGUUCUACAACUAAACACCAAUGAACGUUUGUGCGUCACGUUCGAGUUUCUGUCCAAACUGAGACAUCACCACAAGCGGUGGCGUUUUACCUGCAGCCACUUCGUGGUUGACCCUAACCAGGAGUAUGAAGUGACCGUUCACCACCUGCCCAAGCCCAUCCCUGACGGGGACCCAAACCACCAGUCCAAGAAUUUCCUCGUGCCUGGCUGCGAGGACACCAGGAUGAAAGGAACCGCACCGUGCGUGAGCGCAGGCAGCCUGUGGGACCCCAGCAUCACUGUGGAGACCCCGGAGGCCCACCAGCUGCGCGUGAGCUUCACCCUGUGGAACGAAUCUACCCGCUACCAGGUCCUGCUGACCAGCUUUCCACAUACGGAGAACCAUAGCUGCUUUGAGCACAUGUAUCACAUGCCUGCGCCCAGACCAGAGGACUUCCACCAGCGAACCAACAUCACAUUCACUGUAGGCAGCCUUAGAGGGUGCUGUCGCCACCAAGUGCAGAUCCAGCCCUUCUUCAGCAGCUGCCUCAACGACUGCUUCAGACACUCUGUGACUGUUUCCUGCCCAGAAAUGCCAGACACUCCAGAACCAAUUGCGGACUACAUGCCCCUGUGGGUGUACUGGUUCAUCACGGGCGUCUCUAUCCUGCUGGUGGGCUCCGUCAUCCUGCUGAUCGUCUGCAUGACCUGGAGGCUACCAGGGCCUGCAAGCGAAAAACACAGUAAUGACACCAAACACACGGAUGGCCUGCCUGCCGCUGACCUGACGCCCCCACCGCUGAAGCCCAGGAAGGUCUGGAUCAUCUACUCAGCCGACCACCCCCUCUACGUGGACGUGGUCCUGAAAUUCGCCCAGUUCCUGCUCACUGCCUGCGGCACAGAAGUGGCCCUGGACCUGCUGGAGGAGCAGGCCAUCUCGGAGGUGGGAGUCAUGACCUGGGUGGGCCGCCAGAAGCAGGAGAUGGUGGAGAGCAACUCCAAGAUCAUCAUCCUGUGCUCCCGCGGCACGCGCGCCAAGUGGCAGGCGCUCCUGGGCCGGGGGGCACCUGUGCGGCUGCGCUGCGACCACGGGAAGCCCGCGGGGGACCUGUUCACGGCAGCCAUGAACAUGAUCCUCCCAGACUUCAAGAGGCCAGCCUGCUUCGGCACCUACGUGGUCUGCUACUUCCGCGAGGUCAGCAGCGAGGGCGAUGUUCCCGACCUGUUCGGUGCGGCGCCGCGGUACGCACUCAUGGACAGGUUCGAGGAGGUGUACUUCCGCAUCCAGGACCUGGAGAUGUUCCAGCCAGGCCGCAUGCACCGCGUCGGGGAACUGUCGGGGGACAACUACCUGCGCAGCCCGGGCGGCAGGCAGCUCCGCGCCGCCCUGGACAGGUUCCGGGACUGGCAGGCCCGCUGCCCCGACUGGUUCGAGCGCGAGAGCCUCUGCCCGGCCGAAGACCAGGACGCCCCACCCCUGGACGAAGACGUGUUCGAGGAGCCGCUGCUGCCUUCGGGAACCGGCAUCGUGAAGCAGGCGCCCCUGGUCCGUGAACCGGGGUCCCAGGACUGCCUGGCGAUAGACCUCCUGGUCGGGGAGGAAGGAGGAGCAGUGGUGAAGCUGGAGCCUCACCUGCAGCUCGGGGGGCAGCCGGCGACGCAGCCCCUCCACACCCUGGUGCUCCCUGCAGAGGAGGGCACCCCGGCCGCGGUGGAGCCCGGGCCCCUGGCUGACGGUGCUGCUGGCCGGCUGGCGCUGGCUGGGGAGGAUGAGGCGUGCCCGCUGCUGGGUGGCCUGGGCGCUGGGCGAAAUAGCGUCCUCUUCCUCCCUGUGGACCUUGAGGACUCACCCCUUGGCAGCACCCCCAUGGCGUCUCCUGACCUCCUUCCAGAGGACGUGAGGGAGCAGCUGGAAGGCUUGAUGCUCUCGCUCUUCCAGCAGAGUCUGAGCUGUCAGGAGGCGCAGGGAGGCUGCGGGAGACCCGCCAUGGUCCUCAAAGACGCGCACACACCCUGCGAGGAGGAGCAGCGGCAGUCGGUACAGUCUGACCAGGGCUACAUCUCCAGGAGUUCCCCGCAGCCCCCAGACGGACUCACGGAAACGGAGGAGGAUGAGCAGGACCCAGGGAAGCCCGCCUCGCCACUCUCUCCGGAAGACCUGGAGAGCCUGAGGAGCCUCCAACGGCAGCUGCUCUUCCGCCAGCUGCAGGAGAACUCGGGCUGGGACACGGUGGGGUCGGAGUCAGAGAGGCCCAGGGCCUGAGGGCGGCUCUCCAGGGACCGCCCAGAUCCCAGCCUUGAAGGAGUGUGUGCACGUGGGUACACACGUGUUGGUCUGUGUGUACAUGUCUGCAUGUGUAUUUGUUCGCGUGUGAAGUGGAGGCUUUAAAAUGGAGGCGUCUGGAUUUUCACCCCGGCACCCCGCCGAACUUUCUUCAUGCAGCCAUCUGGUUAUUUUCCAUCCCAGGGGAAUCCACACGGCCUACUCCAAGGAGCUGAUGGUAGAGUGCCCUUGAUCACCAUCAUUCAUUCAUCAGGCAUUUAUUGUGCACCUGAUAUGUGCCAGGCAUUUGAGAUACCAUGUGACAUGGCCCCAGCCACCAAGGAGCUUAACCUCUAGUGCUAAGGACACUAACAAACAGAAUGGGCCAGCACAGUGACUCAAGCCAGUAAUCCCGGUACUUUGGGCGGCCAAGGUAGGCUGAUCACUUGAGGUCAGAAGUUCGAGACCAGCCUGGCCAAAAUGGUGAAACCCCAUCUCUACUAAAAAUACAAAAAUUAAUUGGGCGUGGUUACACAUGCCUGUAGUCCCAGCUACGUGAGAGGCUGAGGCAGGAGAAUUGCUUGAACCUGGGAGGCGGACGUUGCAGUGAGCCAAGAUUGUGCCACUGCACUCCAGCCUGGGCAACAGAGGGAUACUCGGUCUCAAAAAAAAAACCUGGAUGGUCACAUGAGAUGUAAAAGCUGAAUGGGCCAGGUGCGGUGGCUCACGCUUGUAAUCCCAGCACUUUGGGAGGCCUAGGCAGGUGGAUUGCUUGAGCUCAGGAUUUCAAGACCAGCCUGGGCAACAUAGUGAGACCUCGUCUCUACCUAAUUUUUUUUUUAAUUCGCCAGUCAUGGUGGCACAUGUCUGUAGUCCUAGCUACUUGGGAGGCUGAUGCAAGUGAUCACUUACUUGAGCCCUCCUAGGAGGUGGAGACUGCAGUAAGCUAUAAUGGUACCAUCGUCCAGCCUGGUCAACAGAGUGAGACCUUGUCUCAAACAAAUAAUAAAAAAAUAGAAAGGUUGAGUGGAAGUCUGCCCAGAGCCAUGAGCAUGCACAGGAGAGGCACCAGGCCAGGGGGAGGUCCCGGAGGAGACACCUAAGCUGAAGGAAGCAGCCUGUGGCGAGUGCUGGGAGAAAGUGGAGUGAGCAUGUCAGGGAGCUGCUGGUGGAGCCUGGACUGGGAAGAGGGGCGCAGCCAGAGAGACCCCACGGCCUGGGCCCCUUUUGUCUGAUGAGCUGUCCCUCUGCAUGGCAAGAUGCUGAGGGCCAAACACAGCUGGAUGUCACCUGAGCUCAUUUAUAGGCAGAGAGAAAUGUGGAGGUGAAACAAAAAUCGUCCUGCAGGAAGGUGAGUUUGAACCUGCACCCGCAUCCCAGCCGGCUGUCAGUGGGGAGCCGUCGGCCGUCAGUGGGGAGCUGUUAGGGUGCAGGAUUCUUCAGAGCAGCUGGGUGGGAGCUCCCCUGAGCUUGGGAAGCCGUGGGGUGCAAGGGCAAGGAAAUGAGGGGUGGGGGUAGCAGUGAAGACCUGGGCAGACCUUGUGUGUGGAGAGGAAGGGGUGCUGCUGUGACUUCAAGGUCUGAGGUCCAAAAGCAGCAUUUGAUGAGACACUCUGAAGCCAGUGUUUGAAGAAUCUGUUCCUGAGCUACCUCCUAGGGGUAGGCUGGAGGGUUCUGGCUUCAGGGUCCUGAAGAACACAUUGAGGUGCUGUCAGACGCUGGAAUAGAGUGCCCUUUAUUCCUGCACCUUAGUGCUUAACUGUAUUUCCAAGCUCCAGUGAGGAGGAGAGGAUUUGGAACUGUGACAGGAGAGCAAAUAGGACAGUUUGUGUGUGUAUGUGUGUGUGUACACACAUACAUGUAACUGAAAGAUUACCAGUAAAAGAAUGCAUAAAUUGUUAAUCUGGUAAGAGUUUCUAGUAGCUGUUUUGAGUCACAUAUUGUAGGUCAAGAAGUUCCUAGCUGCAGAAUUUUUUUCUUGCAGUUGGAGUUUGCCUAGUGUCAGCAGGGCCACCAAGGUCUGUGUCCCAGACA